AUGGCUACCUUCUUGAAAAAGCCUUUGAAAUUGGCCCUUGUUCAGCUCGCGUCAGGAGCGGACAAGGCCGCGAACCUCUCACAUGCUCGAACCAAGGUUCUCGAAGCUGCGAAGGCCGGCGCACGACUAAUCGUUCUUCCUGAGUGCUUCAACUCACCCUACGGCACAAACUUCUUCCCAAAAUACGCCGAGACUCUCCAUCCCUCUCCUCCUACAAGCGAGCAAUCGCCCUCCUUCCACGCACUGUCGGCCAUCGCUGCGGAGGCAAAUGCAUACCUUGUCGGUGGCAGUAUUCCUGAGCUGGAGCCAUCCACUAAGAAAUAUUAUAAUACCUCACUGGUAUUCUCACCGACGGGCGCCUUGAUUGGCACCCACCGCAAGACGCAUCUGUUCGACAUCGACAUCCCGGGCAAGAUCCAGUUCAAGGAGAGUGAUGUACUUUCUCCUGGUAACCAGCUUACAGUUGUUGAUCUGCCAGAAUACGGAAAGAUCGGUCUGGCCAUUUGCUACGAUAUCCGUUUCCCAGAGGCAGCUAUGAUCGCCGCCCGCAAGGGUGCUUUCCUUCUCGUAUACCCUGGAGCUUUCAACACCACCACCGGUCCUUUACACUGGUCACUUCUGGGACGUGCUCGCGCAGUCGAUAACCAGGCAUAUGUGGCACUCUGCAGCCCAGCGCGUGACCUGGAAGCCGCCUACCACGCCUACGGCCACAGCUUAGUCGCUGACCCCAGCGCAAAAAUUGUCUCUGAGGCCGAAGAGCAUGAGACUAUUGUUUAUGCGGACUUGGAUAAUGACUCUAUUGCGAACAUUCGCAGUGGAAUUCCCAUCUCCACUCAGCGCCGAUUUGAUCUGUACCCCGAUGUGAGCGCAGGUCAAAAGUAA